UUUGUUUCGCAUCUGUUCCCAAACCACUCCGCAGUCCUCCCUCUCCUUCUCUCUCUGAAUCGAAGGCAGCAAAGAUGGAGGCAUACUUGCAAUACAUGAAGACUCUGCGCUCUCAGAUGAACGAUGUGGAGGAUCAAGCUGCCAAGAUCUCAGCCGAAGAGCAAAUGCUCAUCACUACCAUUCGUACCGUCGACAAUGAUCUCGACUCAGCAAAAUGUGAAACAAAGCAAAUGAAAAAGAACAUAGACGAGAUGGUGAAGGCAAAGGGUCAUAUGUGCUCCCAGAUUUUGGAAAAACAGAGAAAGAUUGCUUCUUUGGAAUCUGAUUCAUCUAUGCUUAUCCAGACACUGGAGCUUAUUCAACAAGAACGAGUCUGCUUAUCUGCCAAACUCCUGGAGAAAAGUGCUUACUAUAUCAAAGUUGCAGAGGAUAUGAAUGCCAAGUUAAAAGAACAACAGGACUGGGUCAAUUCUCACAAAAUUUGCAAAGAUGCAGGAGCGCUUGCAGUGGUCAAGGAUGAACAUGAUGUACAAAUGGGUGAAAUUGGAGGGAAGGCUAGCAUUGUGAGCCAAUCCAUUGAAGAUAGCCAGGGUGAUGAAGCAAAGAACUUGAUGAUCAAGUUGGAGUCUGCUAAGGAUAAGCUCGAAAAGAUUGCUCUAAUGAAACCCGGACUUGUUAUGGAGAAUAGCAAGAUGAAGGAGUCUAUUGAACAACUGAAAUGUCAUAUGAAUGAUUUAAAGCCAGAACUAAGGGUGAUGGAUAUAAGUAUCUUAGAAGAGGAACACAGAGCUCUCUUAUCUGAUAAAGCUGGAGAAAUUGAGUAUUUGCAGUCUUUGCAGGAACAGAUUGAGAAACUGAAGGGAAUUUCGCACACGAUUGGAUGUUCUUGUGGAGUUAAGUACAGGGUGCAAGUGGGCCUUUGUGCUUGACUACUUUGAACCUCGGUACAUGAGACAUGGAGCGCUUGAGAGGCUGAGAGAAUAAAAUUUUUUUGAUUUCUUCAGCAUACAAAAUCAGUGAAUAGGUAAAUGUGCAAAUAAAUAAUAAAUAUUCUUUUCUACUAAAUAUGUACCCUGAUAUGGUUAUGUUGCUAGAGCAUUGAUAUAGAGAGAGAGUUGGGAAAGUUUGAGUUGUUUUUGAGUGAAAAGAAAUGCUAGACAUGAGAAUACUAUCAUAUGCUGUUUGGAGCAUUAUUAUACAUAGAAUGCUUAGCUGGUUCUUAAAA